UGUCUGUGUGUUGUGAUUUUCCCCGCUGCUUAAGAAGUGUCAUGUCAAAGUGUGUAACGAUUCUUACUCGCGUCGUCGGUGAUUUGUGAAGAAACAUUAGUAAGACUGCUAUUUCCUUUUUUUUCUCUCUCUCCUCCUCUCUCUCUCUCUUUGGUAGCAUGCUCAAGUCCCAUUCUCUGGUCAAGUUCAGCGAGUUGUUCUCCGGACCCGACGGACGCUUCUUAUUGGUAGGUUGCGACCGUUACAUCACGCCGCUCAUGACGCGCACGUCUUCCUGUUUCCUUCAGCCGUGUCUUAAAGUGGAUCUUAGUGGCGGAGGAGCGCUCCAGCAUCCAGUCCUCUGCAUCCAGUGCGCCUCGGAGACACACAUACACGCGGUCUCGCGCUCUCUCUCCCUCUCUCUCUCUAGCAUACUCUCUAUGUCUCUCACUCUUUCACACAGCACAGGAUAGAGGGAGAGACCGACGCGCAAGAGCUCUUUUCAUCUUCUAUAUUUUUCCCCUAUUUUGUUCUUUUCGCUCGCGUCGCCGACUUUAUUCCAGCUCUUCAUUCCCUGAGACACUGUUAUAUUCCAGCAUACAACAAUCCUCGGUGCCCUGCGCGUAUUCUCAUUUUUCCCCCCCGCAGGAGUUCAGGUUGUCCCCCUCUUCAUCAAAAGGGUACUCAGAGGCUUUGAUCCUAGAGGACUGGGUGUGUGGGAUAUGGCCCAAUAGCAGCAGCCCGUGAUGCCGGACCAUGACAGCGACUCCCUCCUGAACAGACAGACCAAGCGAAGACGUGUGGACAUUGGUGUUAAGCGGACCGUGGGCAGCACAUCCUCCUCCACAGCAGCAGUCACCACAGCCACCACUGAUAACAUUGCCCGCGCCAAAGCAGCCAUUUUUAGUGCCAUGAACUCUUUGAGCUCUCAUUCUCACCACGGAUCAGACACCGACUCCAUGGAGUGCUCCAUUGUGCAGCCACAUGGUGGGCCUGGCGUUGUGUCAGCUAGUGACAGUGAGUCCAAGUCCAAUGUACUCCGAAAGCUACUGAAGAGGGCCAACUCAUACGAGGACACCAUGAUGCCCUUCCCUGGCACCACCAUUAUCUCUCAGCUUCUCAAGAAUAACAUCGCCAAAAAUGGAGGAGGGCCCGAGAGGGGAGAAAGAGGGGACCGGGGUGAUAGAGGGGACUCUGGCUUCCCUGGAUCAGGGCUCUCUAAUGCAAGUUCUGAUGCUCCCCAAGAGGAUGCCUGCAGUAACUCCUCCCAGGACAGCACCCCACAAGAGUGUUUGUCACCAUUUGGCCGUCCUCCUGGCCUGGCCACCUUUGACAUAGAACGUCUCAAUGAUGAACACCUGCGUGCCAAGAGAGCUCGCGUAGAGAACAUUAUCCGUGGCAUGAGCCAUUCCCCCAGCGUGGUAGUACCUGCUGCUACCCGUCAUGAGCGUGACCAUGAUAUGGAUGGAGAACGGGACAUGGAGCUGGACUGCCCACCGCCUCAGUCUCAACAGCAGGCCCCCAGCAGCCCACGGGGAGGCGAGGUGUGCAGCAGUAGCCGAGAGAACAAGCGUAAACAGCGUUUGCCACAGCAGCAACAGCAGAGCUUCACCCAGCUGGUAUGCCAGAGAAAGGAACAGAAGCAGGAAGAGCGACGGCAGCUCAAACUGCAGCUAGAGGACAUGCAGAAGCAACUACGGCAGCUGCAGGAGAAGUUCUUUCAGAUAUACGACUCAACUGAUGACUCAGAACACAACGACCUCCACAAUGACAUAGGAAACAUGUCAGAGGACAGCCCAGCCAGGUCUGAUAACGGAGGUGACGAUCGGGGUGGAGAUGACUUGCGCUCAGACAAUGAGAUGUCUGACCUGGAUCCGGGCCAUUUCAUAGACAGGGCGAGGGCAUUGCUUCAGGAGCAAGCCCUGCUGGCUGACAGAGAGAAGCCAAGAAGAGAAGGGCUUAGCAGGAACAAAGGACACGGAGGUCCGGGUUCCUCGAUGCAUGCUGAAGGCAAACAGCUGGCAGAAACGCUGAAGCAGGAACUCAAUUCUGCCAUGACCCAGGUGGUGGACACAGUGGUUAAGGUGUUUGCAAAGCCUCCACGCCCUACACCUCAGCAAGCCUUUCCUACACUUUCCAUACCUCCUGAAAGAUUUCCUACUGCUGUCAAUGGAGACAACCCCAACUUUCACACCGCCAACCAGAGGCUGCAGUGCUUUGGCGAUGUCAUCAUUCCCAAUCCGCUCGACUCCUUUACCAGCAUGCCCGGGAUCCCCGGCGCAACCAAUGACCAAACUGAGGCACUGCCCUUAGUAGUGAGGAAAACACCCAGUGAGCACCACCACCAGGCCUCAGCUGUGGGUGCCCACGGUGGAAACCACCACCCCGCCCUUCACCCCUCCUCACUCUCUGCCUCCAUGGGCUUCAGCCCCCCAUCAUUUAGACACCCCUUUCCACUGCCUCUCAUGGGCUACCCUUUCCAGAGUCCUCUUGGCGCACCCCCAGGUAGUUAUACAGGCAAGGACCGUAAUUCACCAGACUCCAUGGACCUGUCCAGGGAAAGCACCAGCUUGAGGACCAAGAUGUCGUCAGGUCAUCACCUGGGGCACCACCAUCGCUCUUGUUCUCCAGCACACCCCGGCAGCACAGCCGAGGGGCUCUCCCUGUCCCUCAUCAAGUCUGAGUGCAGUGAUCUCCAGGACAUGGCUGACAUCUCACCCUACUCAGGCAGCAAUAUCCAAGAAGGUCUCUCCCCAAAUCAUCUGAAGAAGGCCAAGCUCAUGUUUUUCUAUACCCGCUACCCAAGCUCUAACAUGCUCAAGAUGUAUUUCUCUGAUGUCAAGUUUAACCGCUGCAUAACUUCCCAGCUGAUAAAGUGGUUCAGCAACUUCCGGGAGUUCUACUACAUUCAGAUGGAGAAGUUUGCCCGGCAGUCCAUCAAUGACGGAGUCACCGGAGCAGAGGAGUUGAGCGUCAGCCGAGACUGCGAGCUCUUCCGAGCCCUCAACAUGCACUACAACAAGGCCAACGACUUUGAGGUCCCUGAUCGUUUCCUGGAGGUGGCAGAAAUCACACUGCGAGAGUUCUUCAAUGCCAUCGUGGCCGGCAAAGACGUGGACCCGUCCUGGAAGAAGGCCAUCUACAAGGUCAUCUGCAAACUGGACAGCGAGGUCCCAGAGAUCUUUAAGUCCCCAAACUGUCUCCAAGAGCUUCUACAUGAGUAAAUUUCACACCCCUCCUCUUCCUCCUUGCUUACCGCUUUGCGCUUUCUUUGUUUUUCUGAUUUCAUAGAAUUUCAAAAUUAUAUUAUGAUUUGUUUUUUUCCCUUUUCUUCAACUUUACUUUUGAUUUC